AUGUCAUCUCGAAACGUAAUCGUCUUCGGUCCAACAGGAGCAGUCGGCUCAAUAACUGCCCUGAGCGCCCACCAAGCAGGCGCAAGGGUAACACUAGCCAUGCGAGACCCCUCAAAGCCUAUACCAGCCCUCCAAAAUCUCCCCAUCCCACGAGUCCACGCAGACCUCACAAAACCCUCAACACUCGCAUACGCCAUCCAAUCCAGCGGUGCCAGGCACGCAUUCCUAUACAUCGUACCCGGAACAACAGACUCCCUAAAAACAGCCCUAAUCACACUCAAAUCCUCCGGAAUCCAAACAAUAGUUCUACUCAGCAGCUUCAGCAUCGAAAACGACAUCCACGCCAUAUCAAGAACAGACUUCGUACCAUACCGCCACGCACAAGCUGAAAUUUCAUUAAUGAAUGUAUUCGGCACAAACGGAAUAGCCGUACGGCCAGCUUACUUCGCUACUAACGCCUUGCAAAUGCGUAACGGUGUUCUUAGUGGUGAAGUACGGUUACCUAAUCCCGACGCGGUGUUGGAUUGGAUUGUACCGGCUGAUGUGGGGAGAGUUUGUGGAUGUAUUCUGGCGAGAGGAUCUAUUGGGCAUGAGAGGGUUGUUAGUCUUGUGGGCGCGCAGUUGAUGUCGCUGAGGCAGGUUGUGGAAGCUAUUUGUUUCGUUGUUGGGGUUGAUGUUAAGGUUAGGAGGAUUAGGGUUGAAGAGGCUGUUGAUGAUGUUAGGAGUAUGGCGGGGUUGACGGAGGCUUUUGCGAGGUGGUAUGUUGAUAAUAUGAUGGGGGUUAGGAGGGAUAUUUCGCUUGCGCCGGCUUAUAAGGAGGCUGUGGGGAAUAUUUGGAGGUAUACGGGGAGGAAGCCGAUUACGUUUCAGGAGUGGUUGGGGGAGAAUAGGAAGUUGUUUGAGAUUGUAUGA